AGGUGUAACGGGAGAGCCGCCGUGGGGAAGGCUGCGGUCGGAGCCCGACCCAGACGCCAGCCGUCUGUCCGGUGGGGUUAACCGGGAAGCCGACUGCUGAGUCCCCAGCUGGCCUCUGGUUUUGGCAUCCAGUAGGAAGCACCUCCUUUCCAGGUGGUAUUUUCCUGAAGUAGAUCAGCGUGACUUGCCGGCAUUCCUGUGGGAUAGGAAUAGGUGAGAGCCGCGGGGCGGGCCAGCUGGGGAAGCCACACCGCCAUGUGUCAGUAUGCACGCUGACCGCCGGGCCGCCUGCUCGAGACCCGGCGCCCGACGGAGAAAGGCCGAGCAGCCCCGGGACUGAGUGAGCGGAUGAUCGGCGCGGCCAACUUCCUCCUCUGAGGCUGGCCGAGCCUCGGGCGCCUUUCCUGCUCCUCCGAUCAAGCCCGCGGCGCCCUGACGCCACCUGGAACCUCAACAUGUGUCAUGUCAUUGUCACCUGCCGCUCGAUGCUCUGGACCCUGCUGAGUAUCGUGGUGGCAUUUGCUGAACUCAUUGCCUUCAUGAGCGCAGACUGGCUCAUCGGGAAAGCCAAGGCGACUCGCAGCCCCGCGGGGCCCGACAACCAGACGGGCGGCCCCGGGGAGCCCUACCACCCCACCCUGGGCAUCUACGCCCGCUGCAUCCGCAACCCCGGGGUGCAGCACUUCCAGCGCGAGACGCUGUGCGGGCCCUACGCCGAGAACUUCGGCGAGAUCGCCAGCGGCUUCUGGCAGGCCACCGCUAUCUUCCUGGCGCUGGGCAUCUUCAUCCUGUGCACGGUGGCCCUGGUGUCCGUCUUCACCAUGUGCGUGCAGAGCAUCAUGAAGAAAAGCAUCUUCAACGUCUGCGGGCUGCUGCAAGGGAUCGCAGGUCUGUUCCUCAUCCUGGGCUUGGUCCUCUACCCGGCAGGCUGGGGCUGCCAGAAGGCUGUCAGCUACUGCGGACACUAUGCGUCGGCCUACAAACCCGGAGACUGCUCCUUGGGCUGGGCCUUUUACACGGCCAUCGGCGGCACGGUGCUCACCUUCAUCUGCGCUGUCUUCUCCGCACAGGCAGAAAUCGCAACCUCCAGUGACAAAGUGCAGGAAGAAAUUGAAGAGGGGAAAAACUUGAUCUGCCUCCUUUAGUUUGGGAGAAACAGCCGUGCCAUUCUCUCCCCUGGGCAACAGUCACAAGUAGCCUCUGUCUCCUAAGCCCAGCCCCGGGCCCUCCCCAGACCAAGGCGAGGCAGCACCCAUCUAGGCUACAUCACUGUACAAGGGGCCACCGGGAGCAAACCUGCAAACAGUACUGAACCUGACAUGUGGUUGACAAGUCCUGCCGGACCCGGUCCUUUAGGCAGCAGUCUCUCUGGAAAGAGGCGGUCUGGGAGCAUCUCUGCCUGGGAUCAGGGUUUGGGGUGGUGCGUUAGUGUUCCUCCUUGUCCUUACAGCUUCUCUAGGUUGGAGACUAAAAUGCUGCCGCCAGACUUCCUGGGGCUGGGGACAGGGCAGAGCACAUCACUCUGGCUUGCUUAGCUGACUAGGGCAGCGGGAUCGUACCUGAUUCCAGGGGGAUCAACUAGCUGUCUGGCCACGAUUUAUGAAAUCUGAGUAACAAAACAAUAAUCACCUGAAUAAUCAUAUGAAAGUAAAAGAAAAAAAAACAUACUAGUGAAGACAAAUUCCUUCCUCUUCUAGCAGCCAGGCUAAGGGCCUACCCUCCCCUUCCACUGCCACGGUCAUGUGUUCUCCACACUUACUGUGCUAAUGGCCAAUGGCAGCCUCAAGGCAGGGCUAGGGAUCUCCGGGCCAGCUGUGGCUCCUUCAGAUGGUGGCUGGGAGGCCUUGCCAGGACCUCCACACACGGGGUCUCGACCAGCCCCACUGCAUGGUGACGAGGCUGUGUUGGCUGUAUUCACGAUCCCAGUAGAAUGGCACUAGCCACGGGUGUUUUCUAGCUACUCGUGAGGAUUCUGAAAGCUGACAACUACCGUGACAUUGGGGCAUUGCAGCCAAGGCUCCUGGUUCCCUGGAGAACAAGGAGUAGAAAGCUAAUGCAGAAUGGGAGCUAGACCAAGCUCCUGGCACCUGUCUACACCUGUUUACAAAAAGCUCAACGCCACUGGCGUUGAAGAUCCAGGAACUUUUCAUCUAGUUUCCAGCAAUUCAGGGAAGAAGAUGGUAUUAGCUGUCUCCUUAAAUUUACUAUGGAUUAAACAAAGUCGCCAGUCCUGGCCAUCCUUCAGCUGCAGAAGAGAACAGAAACCAACGCCAGCGAGUAGAGUAGGCCAGCCAGAUUCAGGAAAGAUAAGGAGAGGUGGUCUCUCUGGGUUGAGGAGGCUGCUCACGUCAAGGCAUAGUUCUGGAAAUUUAAAUAAAGAGGUUGCACCUUCUAUGUGCAGGGUAUUGUGUGGCCAGCAUCCCCGAAUCCCAUUACAGAGCUUGGCCCAAAGAAACUGUCUUCUCAUGGAGACUGAGCCAAGCAAGGAGCAGGUCUGGAUGAGUUCACUAGGCUUGGGUCCAAGUUCAGCAAAGGACUGUUUUUGAAAGGCGGUAAGCAGGCCUGGUCUUAGUCAUCUGCAUGAUAGCGAGCUCGGCAUUCAUUAGCUAUGUCACGACCACCACCCGGAAGAUGAUGGGAGCCUCAAACGAGGCUCCUGCCCAUGGGUGGCGCAGGUGGCCAAGCACUCCUCUCAGCUGGAAAGGUCAGCAGUUCAAAGCCACCCAAUGGUGCAGAGACACACAAGCCUAGAACACCCCAUGGAGCAGUUUGCCGCCCACCCACCCUGGUUGCCACGUGUUGGAAUUCAACCCAGCAGCAACCAAGACCUAGUGCCGCCACAGUCCUGUCUUAGCAAACCUGUUUUCAUUGAAAACAGCCUAAGCAAGGCCCGGUACUGGGCAAAUCAUUUUGAUAGUGUUUUCUCAUUUCCUUAAAUUUAUCACAAGAUUCACACUCCUUUUUCUCUUUACUAGCAAAUCCAUUUCCUGACACUCUUACCAUCUUGCGCUCCUCCCCCGAUGGGCCGUCAGCCCACAGUCAUCUUACUUCCACAGCUCUUAGGCCAGAGAACAAUCUGACAACCUCCACAAGGGGAACUGUGGCCUCUCUCGGCCACAACAAAACCGCUCAGAGGCUGCAGCAUACCACCACCACACACCAAUGACCGAAUCACUGACAUGGUAAUAAGCAGAGGCGACAUUUCUCGGCGAGACAGAAGAGGAGGUGGGAGCUUUUAAACCUCUUACCUCGAGCCAUGCUCUGGGUGGGCUGAACGGGCUAUUUCAGAUCCUGCUCGUCUAACCGAGAGCUCUUCUGCAAAGCCACUGAGCACGAGGGGCUGCACCACAAAACAACAUGGCUACACGUUACUGUUGGUUGACCCAUGUCUAAUUCCCUGUUAAUUUUUACCCAUCACCUAAUCACCUCAUCCUUAAAAUCUAUAGCUGGACCACUAUUAUUACUACUAGAAAAAUAUUUAUUUUUGUCUGCGUUUGUGCUUAAAGUUUCAUGAUGGGCUGGCCUUCUCCAUGAACUCCAAGGAAGCAGGACCCUGGCUUGGCUGCUGUGGACUCCUUCCACCUGUGUGCUAAUGCAACAAUGUCACGUUACUUGCGUAAGGGUGGCUGUCCUUUUCAAGCACCCGUGGUGUGAGCCCCUUGUUAGACAUGUAUUCUGUAAAGUGCCAUAGUCUCUCUCUGUGUAGCAUAUUUAAAAUUAUAGAGAUGUAUAUUAUACAUACACAAGUCUGUGUGAACGAUGUGCAAUAACAAAAGUAUGUGUUGUUGUUUUGGAAACUGGACAGGAGUCAGACAGAACGGGGAUGGUUCUGUUUUGGCAAAGGAGCGAGUUCGACAUUGCGGCCGUCGUGGCCUCAUCACUAUCCAGAGCAAUUCUAAUGCUACACAAGUCGUAUGUGAAGUAAAGACUGGUAUGAAACCUUUUUUUUUUUCUUGUCCUGGCUCUGAUUGAAGAUAAUCACUAUAUGUAUGUGAAAGCCAAGCCAGGCCCAGCUCAUGCUGGUCUUUCAUGUGAAAUGUGAAGCUGCCAUGCUGCCUUAUCGGUUAAGUGUGAGAACUAGUAGCUGGUGCGUAAUCACUGCGGAGCUCUUUCGGAACAUGCUUUCAUAGACUGUGCGGAUGCUAGACCACUAUUGAAGGGCUAAUCUCCCCACUGCGGAGCCGUAUGGCUUGGCCUUAGACCAGACCUCUCUGUGCAAUAACUCAUGGCCACUGGAAAGCCCUGGCUUGCAUUGGUAUCUGGGUCGCCAUGGCUGCCAAGGGCCAAAAGAAAUUAAGAGGCACAACUGGGAUUUCUUCUGAGACUCUGGUGAGACUCCUCCCAAGACUGGGGGGGUCAUUGGGGGCUUCAGAGGAACUCAGCACCACUUGAUAGUCAAGAGUCACUUGAGCCAAAUAUGAAACUCUACAGCUGACGGACUCCACGAGAGCCUUCAAUGUGUGCUCCCCUGUUAAAGGAUACACUAAUACACUGUCCGUGUCGCAUUGAUUAGGUUCCUGUGCAUACGUAUUUUCACAACCUGCUCCCCUUCCCUUCCCCGGAUCUGAUUAAACCAGAUUUUGCAAAUUA